CUCUCUUGUCUGGAUUAAGACUCUCCUGACUUGCCUCUCAACUUCUACCUUUGCCCCCAUCGGUGUCUUCUCCCCGGAAGGCUCAGACUGAUCUGUCAAACAUUAAGAAACUGAGGCACAGAAAACGGUGAUUGAAUCCGGGUCUACCGCGAAAACGUGUUCUUCCCUCCAGAACCCCAGGCCUCUCCCGUGCAAAGCCAGCGCGGAGUGGAGACCCGGGAGCGCUCCGAGUCCACGCUGGGGACCGUCGGCCGCGCCACCGCCUCCCUCGCCGCGCGCAGCGGGAAGACGGUUCUGCAGCGAGCGGAGCGGGACUGAAUGGGCUCGGUGUGAGGCACCGCCCCGUUUCUUCCCGGUCGGCUCGGGUUACGACGACUAGGAGAGGAAUGCAGUCUGGGAGGGGGCCGCGGGGCCGGCGGGGCUUCCCUCCCGGAGCCGGCGGGGACCUCCCCGAAGCCCCAGGCGCCCGGAAUGCAAAGCCGCGGUCUCGGUUUCCGCCCGGCGGGCUCCGCCCGGCGCUCCCGGAAGCUGCGCUCGCUGCCCGGGUAACGGGCCCCGCGGCGCCGCGAUGGACCUGGAGGAGGCGAAAGAAUUCAAAGAAAGAUGCACUCAGUGUGCUGCUGUCUCUUGGGGUCUUACUGAUGAAGGCAAAUAUUACUGCACUUCUUGCCACAACGUUACAGAAAGAUCAAAGGAAGUCAUAAACACUGGGGCUAUUCCUAAUACGAAAAUACAAGCCAUCAACCGGGGACUUAAAAGAAAAAGAAAACUUGAGAGAGGCUGGGAUUGGUAUGUGUGUGAAGGUUUUCAGCACAUACUUUAUCAACAAGUGGAAGCCUUAAAGACCCUUGGAGUGGGCCCAGAACUAAAGAAUGAAGUUUUACAUAAUUUUUGGAAGCGCUACCUUCAGAAGAGCAAGCAGGCCUAUUGUAAAAACCCAGUUUGUAGAAGAAAAGUUACGGUAUUAGAAGAUAACCAAAGUCAUUCAGACUGGGAUAGCGAGCCUGAGCUGCUGCGUGACUUCAGCUGCCCUUCUUUUGCUGAAAGUGGAACAGAGUCUCAGCCUGAUGGUCUUGCUCAGAAGCCUUUCCCCAUCAGCAAAGCAUCACAAUCAGAAACAGCAUCCAUCUGUUCUGGAUCUCUUGAUGGAGUGGAAUAUUCGCUACGAAAGGAGAAGGGGAUCGUGAAGAUGACGGUGCCGAGGACACUUGCCUUCUGCUACCUGUCACUGCUGUGGCAGAGAGAGACAGUUACUCUCUCAGAUCUUUUGAGAUUUGUUGAAGAGGGACACAUUCCUUACAUAAAUGCUUUUCAGCAUUUUCCAGAAGAGAUGAAAUUAUAUGGGCGUGACAAAGGAAUCUUUGCUAUAGAGUCUUGGCCUACCUAUGAGGAUAUCUAUAAAAAGAUGAUUGAAAUUGCCAAAUUCUUAGAUUUGCCACGUUUUCCAGACAUAACUGAAGACUGCUAUCUUCAUCCAAACAUCUUGUGUAUGAAAUACUUGAUGGAAGUCAAUCUCCCUGAUGAAAUGAAUGAUUUAACCUGCCAAGUGGUAAAAAUGACUGGAGUAGGAGAAGUGGAUUUUCUGACAUUUGACCCCAUAGCUAAAAUGGCAAAAACUGUUAAAUAUGAUGUACAAGCUGUCGCCGUUAUUGUAGUAGUAUUGAAACUGCUCUUUUUAUUGGAUGACAAUUUAGAAUGGUCUUUGUCUAAUACUGCUGAGAAAUAUAAUGAAAACAACAAAGAAGAUAAGCCACGGUUUGAUUUCAGAAAAUGGUACCAAGUUAUGAAGAAAUCUAUUGAUGAGAAAAAACAAGAAUGGGAGGAAGCCAGGGCAAAGUAUCUGUGGAAAAGCGAAAAGCCACUCUACCACUCAUCCAUUGACAGAGCAGUGGCAUUUAAAAGAAGAGAAAUGGUGGUGGAUCUACAAAAACAAUUUAGCACAUUGGUUGAUUCAACACCAACUGUUGGAAGAAAAAAGCCUUCGAGUUUUCAGUUCAACUGGGCUGAAGGAGACGCGGCCAGAACCUGUUUCCACGGACACAGCCUCCAGGGGAUCCUGCAGAACAAAGGCCAGUCACUGACAACCAAGAACUCACUCUACUGGCUAAGUACACAGAAAUUCUGUAGAAGCUAUUGUAAACAUGUGACGACCUAUGAAGAAUCAAAUUUUUCUCUGAGUUAUCAGUUUAUAAUAAACCUCUUCGCCUUCCUGCUAAGAAUAAAGACCUCUUUUCUCCAUGAAGAAGUGAGCUUAAUUGAAAAGAGACUUUUCAAAACAAAAUACAGCAAAACGAAAAAGAAAUCUUCAAGAUCCAGGAAAGGGAGAAAAUACUGAGAAAAAUGAAAUCGAAACUCUCUUGGGAAAAUAUCUCAAUAGUGACAAUGAUGUCAAAUUAUAAUAUUCCAGAGAAUCGUGGAAAGUAGAAUUUUAUUACAUAUACAUGCUUACAUAGACACACAUCUGUAGCAAAUGUGCUUAUAAAAACACGUAUUGGAAAACAAGUGAACUCUUGUAUUAUUUUUUAAAUUAUGAAUGUUUCUUGACAAAAUUAAAAUAAGUUUUAUAAAUAA